AUGUCUCUUAUGUCUUCCGUUUUAGUAUCCGAGUGGGACGAGAAGUGUGUUUCAACCAGUGUUCCACUCUGUGAAGAAGUCACAACAAGUGCUUUCGAGCGUUCAGUCUUAAGGACUUCUCAGUUGUUUCUUUCUGCCUCAGUGACUCCAGUCAAUGCAAUUUCAACACAACUCCCCUUUAUAACAACUUGUAAAGGUUUUCCUGUUAUUUCUAUAGAGACUUUUGAACAGCAGAUAUCCAAAGAAGGGGUUGUUAUAGAUUGUCGCUUUCCUUACGAAUACGAGGCUGGACAUGUUUCUCAUUCAUUGAAUUUGUGGAAUGAAAACAGUCUGAUUCGAUGGGCUCACAAAGUUACAAGUCAAAGUCCUGUGUUUUUGUAUUGCGAAUUUUCUGGGACGCGAGCACCAAAUUUGGCUCGUUGUUUACAGCGAGUAAACAAACAGAUGUUUUCCGAGCUGUAUUUAAUUCAAGGUGGAUUUUGUGACCUUUACAGCAAAGCCUCUUCGUGUGUUAAUGGUUUUUAUUUGUCGAUGACUGCUCCCUCGCACUUCCAGGAGUUCAUAACGUUCUCCAAGAUGUGCGUCGACUAUAAAAAAAGAAGAAACUUUGGUGCUCUUUCUUUUGCAUGA